AUGAAACACCGAAGAUAUAAAAUAGAGGAUGGCUCCCGACAAAAAUCCCUGAAAUGGCUGGUAGAUCUGUCAAAAGGAACCAUCAGCCACGAGCUGGAGGCACUGACCCUGGAAGGACUGCAGAUUCUCCAAGGCCAAAAGGGUUUCAUACGCUGUAAUUUCGUUGUACCGAGUCGUGCAUCAGAUGCAGACGGGAAUUGGCGCGUUGGAGCCAUGGCCACGUUGAUUGACGACGUUGGAGCUGCCGCUAUAUACUCCAUCGCUGACCAUGUCAAAGCCUCCCUUGAUUUCAACAUUUCAUUCUAUUCGACGGCCAAGAUUCAAGAAGAAGUGGAGAUAGAGGCAAAGGUUACAGGGGACAAGGAAAAGCUUGCACACGUGGUGGUGGAGGUCAGAAGGAAAGAAAACAGAGAGCUAAUCGCUUUGGGUAAACAAUGGAUGGCCUCAAGUAAAAAUACUGCAAAGGCUGCCCAAGGGAGUAAGCUUUGAUGCCUUCCAAUGCUCCUAGUGAAGUACACUCGACAUCUGAUGCCUGUUCUUACAUGUAUUGGUUUUUCAGCUUUGCUUAUUUGAAGGCAUUCAAAUAGGAAAAUAACUUAGGACAAAGCCAGUUGAGUUUCUUUAUUUAUUUAUUUUUUGGUUGAAACUGAUGAAUAAUUGAACGAUAUUUGUCUAUUAACUUAAAUCAUUAAGAAUAGAAAGACAGUUGCUGGAUUUCACAGAC